UGCUAGGAUUAAUUAUGACUAGAAAUAAUCUAUUAUCAUAGGAUUUUAGUUUUCUUGAACUGCAAGGAAAUGAAUGACAAGGCCCCGCAGGCAUCACCAUUAAACUGUGAUUUGACUGAACAAUCGGCAGGCAGCAGCUCUAUUAGCUGAACUUCUGACUAAAGAAGAAACAGACAUCAACCAUGACAGAAGCUUGAAUCUCCCACCUACUAUUCUCCUCUGAGUUAGUAACAGCCGAAUACAAGACAGAAGAAUCAGUCUCCCCCACAACAGAACUUAUUCCCAUUGUUUUGGCUAACCUUAUGGCUUCUAGAAGCUCUUUAGCUUCUCACUCCAGAGGAGAGGUAGCAACAAUGAAGAAUCAUUAGUAUAUUCUAGUGCUGCUUUUCUUUUUCCCCUCGCGUUCCUCAUGGUGUAAGAAUUAACUAGACAAGAUAGUUUUUGUUUAUGCAUUGAUCAGGAGGAAAACGAAAUGAUUUAGAAACUAAUUAGAGUAUCCCAUUUUAUAACUGAAUACUAGAGGUUGAUUGGUAUAAAAAUCAAUGUCCAUCAGGUAGAGAUUAAGUCAAAAGCAAACGAUGAAGACAAGCAAUUCUGGCUGGAGAAUUUACCGUAGAUUUUCCUGGAGAAGUAUAUAAUAUUGGCCUUUCAACUGUUAGCUGAAUUCGUGGAGGUGGGGCAAGUUUAUAAAGAAAGCGGAGAUGGCUGCGGUGUCUUUCAAUGAAGAAGAAAUACGGAAACUCUUACAGAAGAUCACGGUAGCAGAUCGAUUCUAAUCUGACUACGGCCAUUAGUGAGCCCAGUACAUGGCCAUAAAAAGGCCCAUUACUGUUAUUUCACAAAUACAAAAGUUCCCGCUUAUUCUGAUUUCUGCCCACAGUAUAUUAAAAGGAAGGGAAAAUGUAAAAGAGAGAGAAUUUAGCAAAUUUGGGGGAAAAUGUCAUUGAACGCCAUGGACGACGUGGAUCGAUUGUUUGAAUGUUUCAAGUGUGGCAUCUCUCCUCCUCAAUCUGCCAUAAGAAUCAAAAAGAGAUGCAAGACCAAAUUGAAGCAAGCGAAUGGAAUACAGGAAGUAUCACCAGCUUCUGGCACUCCAUCACCGGGAUCAACCGCGCAACCAAAGAAGAAGAAUGCAACGAAUGCACAACUCUCUGGGGAGAAAUUUGGUUCAACAACAGUAAAAGCAAACAACUUUGGCCAUGGGAGGCAGAUUUCUCCCAUUGUGUUUUAUGGCUCUCCACAUGGUGUGCCUCCAAAAAGACCAAUCAGUUUGUUGCGACUGCUGCAUGAAAUACGUAUUGAUCUUGCAGAACAACAAAAUUCAAACUUGGGGAAGGAAGUAUGGGCUACAUUUCCAAGGCAGAAUGAAGCAAUGAACUUUGCAAAAGAGCAUGGGAAUAUGCGUGUCUUUAGUUAUCAAGAUCACUAUAAGGGACAAAGGAGGUUCCUUGUUUCAACAUACCAGGAGUUCUGGAGGAGGUACAAAAGCAUGGAUUCCAAAUUUCGCCACCAUUAUGAAGUGAUUCAGGAGGGUUUACCAUGCCACCUGUAUUUUGAUUUGGAGUUCAGUAAAAAAGAAAAUGUAGAAAGACAUGGAGAUGAAAUGGUUGAUCUCUUGAUAUCAGUCGUUCUAGAAGCAUUAUUUGAAAAGUAUACCAUUCAAGGAAACCUUGAGUGGAUAGUGGAGCUCGAUUCCUCCACUGCAGAAAAGUUCUCACGCCACUUGAUCAUCCGCAUACCAAAGGCUGCUUUUAAGGACAACUCUCAUGCUGGUGCAUUUGUUUCAGAGAUAUGCUCUCGGAUCUCAAGUGAAAGGGAGAGAGAUGAAGGAUAUGGAAAACUAUUUGUAAGAAAAGAUUUAACUUCUGAAUCUCCAAGCCAACUUUUUGUAGACACUGCCGUCUAUUCUAGAAAUCGUGUCUUUCGUUUAGCUUUGUCAUCCAAGGCAGGGAAGAAUGCAGUUCUACUACCAACUAGGCGCUUCAAAUGUAAGGACAUGGUAAUGUGUGAAGAAGACAUGUUCAUGGCCUCCUUGAUCUGCAAUAUGGAUGCUGAUUGUGAGAAGCUUUUAGUCUGCAAAAUGGACUUGGAUUGUGUGAAGACCUUGCAUUUUGAUACAGAGACUACUUAUUAUUCUAGAAGGUUCAAUACCUCUCAAGUAAAUGAUGCAUGGACUACUUAUACAAUCGGAAAGUCGCCAUUCCCAUCUUUGGACAAUUUUGUAGAAUCUAUUGCCUCUGUCGGAAGUGUAUCAGGGAAAAUCCGAAGCUGGUAUUGGUUUUCAGAGUAUGGAUUGAUGGUCUAUAGCAUGUCAAGGAAUAGAUACUGUGAACGAAUUGGAAGACAGCAUAAAAGCAAUCAUGUUAUAUAUGUUAUUGACCUGAGAAGGGCAGCUUAUUAUCAGAAAUGUCAUGAUCCAGAUUGCCAAGGUUACCGAUCUCCUUUACGGCCAAUCCCUAUAAAUUUGAUCCCUGAUCCUUCGGUUUUCUACGAUUCAGCACAAGUGGAUCAUAUGGGAUUAUCAAAUGAUAACCUUGAGCAUCAAUCUGUUAAAAGUGAUUGUGGAGGUGUUCUGCUUUACAAUGAUGACCAUGAUACUGACAACUUUGCUAAGGAUUCUUGGUGGAUAGAAGCUUUGGAAGUUGCUGAUGAUAUUGAAAGCAAACAGAAAAAGAUGGAGCUUAGCACCAUGCCAGAGCAACAUUGAUGAAGAUGACAAUUGGUGGAUAGCUGUGGAAAGGACUGCUUCCCAAGCUGAGCUGAUGCACUUGUAACAACCAGAAGCUCAAAUAGGGCAGCACUUGGAGAAUCCAUGGAAGAGUCAUCCAGCUUUAAUUUUGCAAAUCUUUAGAUUGGCCUAAUACUGAAUCUUCUAUGUAUCUAUACCAUGAACGUGGGUGCUAAUAAAUAUCCUACUGAAGGCCUUAUCUCAUAAACAUCUAUUUCUUUUAACCCUUCAGUAAUUUUGUAAAUAUAUUUUACACGUUAAUGAUCACAAUAAUUGUAUUCUACUCGGUCACUCUACGAAGGCAUUGAUAAAAAAUUUUGGUUUUUAGA